CAAAACUUACAAAGUUAGGUUAUGGUUAGAGUUUGUGAUCAGCUCAUUUAAUAUAAUAAUAAUAAUAAUAACGUUUGGUUGAAUCUCUUGAAAUUUGUGUAUGUUUGUGUUUAUUUGUAUGUUGCCUUUCCAGCAAAGAGAGGGCAACACAUUAUUCACUAAUAGAUUAUAUAUUCGAAUCCACUAGACUGUCUAGGGUUGCCGAGAAAAUGGCGGUCACCACAGGUACAUCUUUCAUACUAGCCUCAAUAAGUUGUGUCCUGACAUUUUCGGGAAUGCAAAUGUUCAAACCCUGGUUCAGUUCUUCCCAGUUACAUACGGUCCUAGGAGGAUAUUUGGGUUCACUACUAUUUGUAUUACUCCUAACUGCCAUAGGAAAUCUAGAAACUUGGUUAUCUGGUAAAUCCUAUCAAAUAAAACUCUUCCCAGAAGUGUCUCUAUGUUUGUUGGUAUCAUUAUUUGCAUCUGCCACAAUUCAUCGUGUAUGUGGAACAUCUUGUCUUCUGAUAUCAUUGUGCGCCUUAUAUUAUUUGAAUAAGUAUUCUCAGAAAGUUUAUACUGUUCAAAGUGCUCCACCAGUAGUCCAGAGCGGAAAAAAGAAGAAAAACAACUCAUAGAAGUAUUCUCUCAGCAUGUGUGUGUGGGUGCUUUAUUUUCAGGUCUUUUUAUGUCAUGAUUUUUGAUAAUGUUCUACAUUUUGUAAUAAAGUUUCUAAUAUCA